UCUGGUUUUUUUUCUUAGGGUUUAGAGUGAAAAACAAAAAAAAAACAUGGAACAAAAGCAUGCAGUAUACUUGAUAGGAGUAGUAGUAGUGUUAUGUGGAAUGGCGGCAGAGACACUCGGAGGAGAGACAAGAGUCGGAGUGAGGAUAGAAGGAGUGACUUCCAUUGCAAGAACAGAUGAUGACUUCAUCUGUGCAACUCUUGACUGGUGGCCCACUGACAAGUGUAACUACGGUCAGUGUCCUUGGGGCAAAGCUGGUCUCAUCAACUUGGAUCUGUCCAACUCCAUCCUUCAAAAUGCCAUCAAGGCUUUUAGCCCACUGAGGAUAAGGCUUGGAGGAUCAUUACAGGAUCAAGUUCUGUACAAGAUUGGGAAGUCAGUCAAAAACUGUCCAAAGUUCGAGAGAAACGACGACGGCUUGUUUGGUUUCACGGAUGGUUGUCUCACCAUGGACAGAUGGGAUCAGCUCAACUCUCUCUUCAACCAAACCGGAGCCAAAAUAACAUUUGGUCUGAAUGCUUUGUUCGGGAAGAAGAAGUCGGAAACAGAAGAAGGCCUCUGGAUCGGAGACUGGGAUGCAAGAAACUCUCAUGAUCUGAUGAGAUACACCAUUGAAAAGGGUUACAGCAUCGAUUCAUACGAACUCGGGAAUGAGUUGUGUUCUUCUGGAGUUUCUGCAAGGAUCAACGUGGAUCAAUAUGCAAAGGACUUCAAGAUGCUGAAGAAACUGGUGCAGAAGCUUUACCCAAAUGUGACCACGCCUAAGGUUUUGGGACCUGCAGGUUUCUACGACGAGAAAUGGUUCAAUGAGUUUCUUCUGCAAACUGGUCCAGAUGUCGUCGAUGGACUCACCCACCAUAUUUACAACCUUGGCCCAGGUGUUGACAAAACCUUGAUUGACAAGAUCCAAGAUCCAUUCUACCUGACCCAAAUAGCUCAGACGUUCAAAGACAUAUCAUCAACUAUUGACAGAUUCGGACCAUGGGCUGGAGCUUGGGUUGGUGAAGCUGGAGGUGCAUACAACAGUGGAGGCAAAGAUGUUUCCCACACUUUUGCCAAUGGAUUCUGGUACAUUGAUCAACUGGGAAUGACUUCAGCAUACAACCAUAAGGUCUUCUGCAGACAAGCCCUUAUCGGUGGAAACUAUGCUCUUCUCAACACCACCUCUUUCAUCCCCAACCCCGACUAUUACGGUGCACUUCUCUGGCACCGUCUCAUGGGCUCAAGAGUGCUCAGAGUCACCCAAAAUGGCAGCCCGUAUCUACGCGUAUACGCACACUGUGCAAGAGAAAAGCCAGGAGUGACGCUCGUGGUGAUAAACCUCUCGAACACGGAAUCGUUCGACUUGAAAGUGGAAGAUGAUAUGAAUUACUACAUAGAUUACGCGAGGGCGAAGAGGGAGGAGUACCAUCUGACGCCGAUGGACGGAGAUAUACAGAGCGACGUCGUUCUGCUGAACGGGAAGGCGUUGAAGCUGACGGAGACGGAGGAGAUUCCGGAGAUGAAGGCGAAGAUGGUGGAUUCCUCAACGCCGAUCCAUGUCCAGAGAGAUUCCAUCGUCUUUGUUACCCUCAGAGACUUCAUUGCUCCUGCGUGUGCUUGA